UUUGAGAGGCAGGGGCAGCUCAAAGGGCGAGAGUGGGUGGCUGGGCCUCUGCCGGCGAGCGUCCGUGACAGUGCUGCAGCCGGGAGGAGGCAAGUUGGGGGCGGGGCUCUGGUGGCCGAAGCCAGUGGUGGAGCCGCGCUGUUCGAGCGCCGCUGAUUUUGGAGUCUGCGGAGGUGUACAGUGACAUCCUGAGAGAAGAUGGGAAAGGGCUGCAAGGUUGUGGUUUGUGGCUUGUUAUCUGUGGGGAAAACAGCAAUUUUGGAGCAGCUCCUUUAUGGGAAUCAUACUAUUGGAAUGGAAGAUUGUGAAACGAUGGAAGAUGUAUAUAUGGCUUCAGUGGAAACGGAUCGGGGAGUAAAGGAACAGUUACAUCUUUAUGAUACCAGAGGCUUACAGGAAGGUGUGGAGCUACCAAAGCAUUAUUUUUCUUUUGCUGAUGGCUUUGUUCUUGUGUACAGUGUGAAUAACCUUGAAUCCUUUCAAAGAGUGGAGCUUCUGAAGAAAGAAAUUGAUAAGUUUAAAGACAAAAAAGAGGUAGCGAUUGUUGUCUUAGGAAACAAAAUCGACCUUUCUGAGCAGAGACAAGUAGAUGCUGAGGUGGCACAGCAAUGGGCAAGAAGUGAGAAAGUGCGACUGUGGGAGGUAACGGUUACGGAUCGGAAAACUCUGAUUGAACCAUUCACUCUGUUAGCCAGCAAACUUUCCCAGCCCCAGAGCAAAUCAAGCUUUCCUUUGCCUGGGAGGAAAAACAAAGGGAACUCUAGCUCUGAGAACUAAAAAUCAAUAAUGCUACAAUUGUUGGAUAGUGAUUGCCUUUAAGUGUUUGUGAACAUAUUUAAAAUAGGCCAUUUAUCUACCUUUGGCUCUUAGGCAACCUUUAAGGAAUUAAUUUAAUGCACUUUAGGUUAUAAUUAAAUCAUUUGGACUAAGUUUAUUGUCUGAUAGGAAAUAUUUGCAUUGUCAUUGCUUGAAACUUGUCCCUGAAAUUAGCACCUUUGUAUUUAUAUUUUUGUUGCACUUGUCAAAACAGUAGAAAAAUAAAGUUUGGGUAGUAUGCAGAUAGGAGUAGCUCCGCUACCCCUAACUUGUUUCAGAAGCCAUUUUUCUGUGUAACUUUAUGCACACUUCUUAGCUCAAACAGAACUUUGUUUUUAAGGUCAUUAAUCUUCUAAUGUCUAGAAAUAUAAAAUGACAUUUUUAGAUCAAACAGUAAACUUGGGUGUUAAACUAAAUCUUAUCUUGUGGAGACCUUGCUAAAUGGAACAAAACCUACCUGUGAUUUAGCUUUGUUCAAAUUAUAUGUUUAGCAUGACUUGAG